GGAGCCCUUGUGUAGAACAGGGAGCCUAUUCACUGCUGACUUUUCAAAUAAUAACAUCGCCUAAAGUUUUAUCCAUCGGACAGAAUCUGUUGGCUUCUCCUAAGUGGCUUCAGAGGAUUUCGCACCACUUCUCAUGGGAGAGGAUUUAUUUCCACCCCCUGGCCUUCAAGAGCAGACUAUUAUCUCCCAUGAAAUAAAAUCUAGAGGUACUUUCUACCAGGGAAGAAGGCAUCUCAUUGGAUAUCUGUAUGCCCAAGCCCAAGACCAGCAAUGGAAGCCCGGCCUGUCCCGGCCUGGGUCCUGCUGCUGAGCCUGAUUGCUGACUGUCUAAAGCUGGCCCAGUCUCGGGAGUUCACAGUGAAAGAUAUCAUCUACCUCCAUCCUUCAACAACACCUUUUCCUGGUGGGUUCAAAUGCUUUACGUGUGAAAAUGCAGCAGAUAAUUAUGAAUGCAACCGCUGGGCACCAGAUAUCUACUGCCCCAGAGAGACACAGUACUGUUACACGAGGCAUAAAAUGAAUGCGAAGGGUGAAAGUUCAUCGGUCACAAAGCGAUGUGUCCCUCUGAAGGAGUGUUUAUCUGUUGGUUGCACACAACCUGAUAAUGAAGGAAACAAGGUCUGCACCUCAUGCUGUGAAGGGACAAUCUGUAACCUCCCAUUACCUAGAAACACUUCCCAGGCAGUAUUUGCAACACUAUCUCCAAUAAAUCAAACAUCUCGACAUUCCUUUCACACUGCAAUGACUUUAACCUGCGUCAGCCUUCUGUUCCUGCUUGUUGUAUAGCUGGUGCUAUUUUAAUGCACUCAUGUACAGCAUUGUUUAACAUAGUAUUUAUUUUUGUAUGAUACAUUUAUACAGUGAAAUGUUCUCUAUACUGUAAAUAAGGUUUAAAACAUCUAAGU